AUGGAGUCCGGGCAUCCCCUUCCUCACCGGCGCGGGCUUCAGCAAGGAGACCCCAAGUCGUCCAUGCUCUUCAUCCUGGCCAUUGAACCCCUACACCACCUCCUUCGUUUGGCGGCGGACUCAGGUGUCCUUUUGCCCGUUAGAGCCAGGGCCACGCGGUGUAGGAUUUCCAUGUAUGCGGAUGACGCCGACAUCUUCGCCACCCCAACAACCGAGCUUGCUGCUAUUCGAUCCAUCCUUGACUGCUUCGGGGAGGCUAGCAGAUUAGUACCAACCUCGAUAAGACGGAGGUCUUCCCCAUUCGCUAUGAAAACUUUGAUCUCCAAGACAUCCUCUCCAACUUCCCUGCCAAGCUUGGAUCUUUCCCGGGACGCUAUCUGGGGCUCCCCCUGCUAUACUGCUGCCUUCGGAAGGUCCACCUGCAACCUCUCAUCGACAAGAUUGUCGUGUGACUGCCAGGCUGGAAGGGUACAAGCAUUGUCAGAGCCGGCACGGUCACCUUGGCCAAAGCCAUCCUUAUCGCGAUUGCCACUUCACUCGACGGUCACCCCCUUCCCAAAAUGGGCCCGCUCCAAGGUUGACAAGAUUUCUUGUGGUUUUUCUGGAGUGGCGACAAUAGUGAGACUGCGGGCGGCGGUCACUCGUUUGUCAACUGGAAGACGGUCUACCGCCCCAAAGCCCUUGGUGGCCUCGGCAUUGCGGAUCCGGAGUGCUUCGGCCAGGCCCUUCGUCUUUGUUGGCCAUGGCUAUAGUGGGUGGACCCCGGUAGGCCGUGGGAUGGCUCUCAGCUACCUUGCGACUCGACGGAUAUGGCCCUCUUUCGUGUUGAUCGUACUGAUACGUCCAAUGUACAACAUUGACGGCACCAUAAAAAGAGCGCUGGAGAUCGUGCUGAACAGAUAUGAGGAGCUUGUAGAGUUGUCAGACUUAUUAGGGAACAAUGCCCUGCAUUACGCGGCGGAGAAGAAUAAUGCACGCAUUGUAUCCAUAUUACUCAACAAGAAUCACGCUCUAGCCUACAAACAGAAUAAUGAGAAGCAUACUCCUCUCCACAUAGCUGCUUACUAUGGCUCCACAGAGGCUGCCAAAGAACUCUUGAAGCAGUUCCCUGACGUUAUUGAGAUGGUGGAUAACAUGGGACGAAACGCACUCCACAUCGCGGCCAUAAAUGACAAGGUGAGUGUGCUUGAAUUGCUUCUCAAGUAUGUGCUGCCGAAGGAGAUUGUGAACCAACAGGAUAGGGAUGGCAACACACCGCUGCAUCAUGCUGGCAAGCUCUUCGGGAAACAAGCAGCAUUGCUGCUACUCAAUGAUCGGAGAGUCAAACCAUGCCUGGUUAACCAAGAUGAAGAUGCCGCAUUUUCCCUUUCUCAGAGAACAGGAAUAGAGCGAACUUAUGGCAAACACAAGCUGCUGAUACUGACAAAGCAACAGCCUCGACCACUGCGGAACCGGCGAACAAGUCCACAGAUGGCGCACAACAUAGUUUGCAGCGUACUUGUGGUUGUGGCCACCCUGAUGGGCAUGUCCACCUUUGCAGUCACACUAACCGUGCCUGGCGGCUAUAACCAACAGUCUGGCGCUGCCAUUGUUGGGCACCAUCAGGCGUUCAAUAUACUCGUCAUCUGCAACGCCAUUUCAAUGUGUGGCUCGACUGUUGUUGCCUUGUGCAUCUUUUUGUGGAAGGGUCAUGUGGAGACAAGGGUCAGUUACGGUGUUAUGCUGUUUGGUGCCAAGUUGUUGAUUGUCUUCUCUGGCCUCACAAUGAUUAUGUCAAUGUUGACUGCCAUAUACCUCACCAUCGCACCAAUGUUAGUUGCCUAUGUGGGGGUUGCCAUUGGUGCCAGCGUUCCUCUCUUGGUGUGCCUGGUGGUGGUACUGGGGAAGUCUGUCUAUGAAUUCCGUGUUUAG